UGUGCUUUCAGGGUAAUGCAUUGCUAAACUGUGUCUCCCCAGAAAGAAUUUCAGUUUGUCCCAGUUUGAUCCAGGUUGGAGUUUUCACAGCUCAGAAAGAAGCAGCAAAGCAAGACCUCACAGAUGCUCCCUUUUCCCCAGCAGUGUUUUUUUUCCGAGGCUAAAUGCCUCUUUUAACAAUAAGAUUCUCGUGUUGGCAGCUAUUAGCUUGUCCAGCAAUUUCUCUUUGCAUCUUUUUUUCAGCCCAUCUGCUGCUCUUGCUAUCGCGAGGCUCUGCCUUUGUGGCAGACAGGGGGAGUGGUAGAGGAACACAGUUCUUUAUUUAUUUAUUUUAGCAUCUUAACGUUGAUCACUUAUAGGUGUGUUGUUACAAGCUUUCCUGGGAAAAAAUUUGCUGUUAAAUGCCAUUUUGUCUCCAUUUUGCAUUCACAAUGCAAUUCUUGCUGCGGUGUUUAGUUACGUGGUAUUUCUGCCGUACGAAUGACCUGCAGGCAAACUUUGAGGGGGAACUAGGACCUUUUGUUGCUUGCAGACCACACUGCUAUCACGUUCCUGUUACUCAAUAAUCAGUUGGCCUGGACAUCAGGUUGCGAAAAUUUGAACAAAUUGUAAACUGUUGAACUUUGCCCCGCACAUUCUGCUUGUUUCUCUGUCCUCUGCUUGUUGCUGACAGGAGAUUUAAUGAAAACAAAUCUACGUUAAAAUAAGUGCCUAAAAUUAUAGUGCAGCAAGAGCUUAGCUUGGCUACUGUGUGUGUGAUGAUCAGCUUUGUAUUGCUGGCUCUUGUACCUGGGAUUAUUCAUCAGAGGCCAUGGAGCUUUCGGCCAACGAGCUCAGCAUCUAUGACAAGCUGUCGGAGACGAUUGAUCUCGUGAGGCAGACUGGCCAUCAGUGUGGGAUGUCAGAACAAGCCAUCGAGAAAUUCAUCAAGCAGCUCUUGGAAAGAAACGAACCCCAAAGGGGACCUCCACGGUACCCUCUCUUAGCAGCUCUCUACAAGGGCCUGCUCACUCUGGGGUUGGUCCUGCUGACUGUUUACUUCGUGAUCCAGCCGUACAGCCCGCUGCCGCCCGAAGCUCCGCUCUCCAGAGCCCACGCCUGGGGCUCCCUCAUCGGUCACAUCCGGCUGCUCUCUCUGCCCAUUGCCAAGAAGUACAUGCUCGAGAAAUGCCAGGACUGGUGGGCAGCAGGUUGCAGACAGAACACUUCUACGCUUCCUGCAAACUGCACAGUCUGUUCCUCUGUGAGAAGCCUUCAGAUAGUGACAGACUUGGGAGAACUAUCAGAAAAGCUCCAGAGGUCUCAGCCUUUUCUAAUCAAGACAGGGCAGCAUCUCUCCUAUGAAGAACUGAAGCAUUUUCAGUCCCAGGAUCCAGACCUGGCAGAGGUUAUAAUAGAAGAAAAUUCAGCUGAAUUGUGGAGCUGCCCAUUUUUCUUUCCCUGGAACAAAUCUGUGAAUAAAACUCGGAUUCUGCAGGAAUUUUUCCCCACUUCUUCUUUGCUGUCCUUCCCCAAGACAGUGUCCUUGGAGAGCUGCUUCCUCAUCCGCCACCCGGAUUUGGGGAAUAAGAGCUAUGGUUUGCACAGCCUCUUUGCCGUUGGAAGUGGGCAGCUCACCCUGACGGUCGUACCUCGGGACGAGUGCAGAGGACACUGUGAGACCUUCAAGGUGGAGCUGGAAGCUGGAGAUCUGGGUUACGCCAGCGCAGAUUACUGGACGAUGAGCUUCAUGGCCAAAGGGACAGAGCCCGCGGUCAUUUGUGACGGAGCUGCCAGCUAAGGACAGGGAGGUGGGAAAACGGAGCUGUUUCCAGGACAAAAAGAAGACUUUUGGCUUUGAAGCCAACGUCUUGAAAGCGAUAGGGCUGGGGCAACUGGGGCAGGCAGCUUUGCCACCCUGCAUGUUUACAGUGUUUAAAAAUGACUGUUUUCCUGACCCUUGAGGUAAUUCUUUGCCUUUCCUCAAAUGUAUUUUGGGAGAAGCUCAAGCUAUUUAUGACCUUCCCUGUCCCCUCAGGUAAGCCCUGGGUUUGCAGCAAAGGGGUUUUUUUUCCUCCAGGAACAACAGAGGGAUUUCUCAGGAUGAGA